AUGCAGAAAGCCACCUACUACGACAAUGCCGCGGCAGCACUCUUCGGAGGCUACUCCUCGUACCCUGGCAGCAAUGGCUUCGGCUACGACGGCCCCCCCCAGCCCCCCUUUCAGGCCGCCACGCACCUGGAGGGCGACUACCAGCGCUCGGCGUGCUCGCUGCAGUCCCUGGGCAACGCCGCCCCGCAUGCCAAGAGCAAGGAGCUCAACGGCAGCUGCAUGAGGCCCGGCCUGGCCCCCGAGCCCCUGCCCGCCCCGCCCGGCUCACCCCCGCCCAGCGCCGCACCUACCAGUACCACCAGCAACAGCAGUAAUGGGGGCGGGCCCAGCAAAAGCGGCACCCCCAAGUGCGUUUCCGGCUCCAACUCCACCCUCACCAAACAGAUAUUCCCCUGGAUGAAAGAGUCAAGGCAAACGUCCAAGCUGAAAAACAGCUCCCCCGGCACAGGUACCAUGUGUGUGGGAGGGAGUGGGGGUGGGGGCUGCGGCGGCGGCGGCGGCAGUGGGGGCGGCGGCGGCGGCGGCGGGGGAGGGGACAAGAGCCCCCCGGGGUCGGCGGCGUCCAAGCGCGCGCGGACGGCGUACACGAGCGCGCAGCUGGUGGAGCUGGAGAAGGAGUUCCACUUCAACCGCUACCUGUGCCGGCCGCGCCGCGUGGAGAUGGCCAACCUGCUGAACCUCAGCGAGCGGCAGAUCAAGAUCUGGUUCCAGAACCGGCGCAUGAAGUACAAGAAGGACCAGAAGGCCAAGGGCCUGGCCUCGUCGUCCGGGGGCCCCUCCCCCGCCGGCAGCCCCCCGCAGCCCAUGCAGUCCACGGCCGGCUUCAUGAACGCCUUACACUCCAUGACCCCCAGCUACGAGAGCCCGUCCCCGCCCGCCUUCGGCAAAGCCCACCAGAAUGCCUACGCGCUGCCCUCCAGCUACCAGCCCCCUCUCAAAGGCUGCGGCGCCCCGCAGAAGUACCCCCCGACCCCGGCGCCCGAUUACGAGCCUCACGUCCUUCAAGCCAAUGGGGGCGCCUACGGGACGCCCACCAUGCAGGGCAGCCCCGUGUACGUGGGCGGGGGCGGCUACGCGGAUCCGCUGCCGCCCCCUGCCGGCCCCUCCCUCUACGGCCUCAACCACCUUUCCCACCACCCUUCGGGGAACCUGGACUACAACGGGGCGCCCCCUAUGGCCCCCAGCCAGCACCACGGACCCUGCGAUCCCCACCCUACCUACACAGACCUCUCCUCUCACCAUGCGCCUCCUCCUCAGGGUAGAAUCCAAGAAGCGCCCAAAUUAACACACCUGUGA